CAGUCUCAGGCUCUCUGCUCCUCCCUUUUGUCCACAAGUCCCCUGGUUUCCUCUCCACCUGUCCUCCUUUAGCUGCAUGCUGACUCUCUGUGCUGUCAGAGCUGCACUCCUUCCUCUGAGCCAGCCUUAGUGAGCAGCCUCGGGCACUUGUUCAGUCCUAGUCACAUGACUACAAAAUGGUGGAGGCUGUCGGUGGGUGAGCCGAGCAUCUCUGUAGCUGCACAGGGGAACGGAGAGAAACGCAGAAACCUCCCCCUCUCUCUCUCUCUAACACUCACACACACAUGAUUUCUGAUACCUGGAGCAGGACCGAGAGAGAUUAAAAGGAAAGGAGAAGUGUGUAUCAGCAGUGAGCUGAAAGAGAAGCAGGAGACAUGGGAGGGGCAGCUGUUUAGAGAGAACCGAUCACCCUCCUCCCUGCUCCCCGGUGAUGAGGGAAUGGAGCAGCCUCCUGAACACAAGAUGAGCUCUGAGGGGGCAGAAGGCCGACCAGCCCCUCCCACUACACUGCCACUGAAGGGGGAUGGUAGUGGCUCCCAAAGGAAAAAGCUCUCAGCGCCCCGGAUCAGCCUCUCGCUGGAUCAAAGUGAAGAUGAUCUGUUCGACACUCCCGAUGACCUGGACAUAAAUGUGGACGAUUUGGACACACCUGACGAGGCUGAUAUCCUCGACUACACUGAUCAUGAGUUAGACUGGGAAGAGCCUCAGGAAUCCCAGAGAGCUCCAGUGAAGGAAGAGAGCGAACCCAUCCCGGCAUACACCUCCGAGGAGGAGCGACAGGACUCCAAACUCUGGAGGACGGUCAUCAUCGGGGAACAAGAACACCGCAUCAAUAUGAAGUGUAUUGAACCCUACCAAAAAGUCAUCUCCCAUGGAGGCUACUACGGAAAUGGUGCGAAUGCUAUUAUCGUGUUCGCUGCUUGCUUCCUACCGGACAGCGAUAGUGAGGACUACCAUGACAUAAUGGAGAACCUCUUUUUGUAUGUUAUCAGCACGUUGGAGCUGAUGGUAGCAGAGGAUUACAUGAUCGUCUACCUGAAUGGGGCCACUCCUCACCGGAGGACGCCUGGCCUCGGCUGGCUGAAGAGAUGUUAUCAGAUGAUCGACAGGAGGCUCCGAAAAAACCUGAAGUCGUUCAUUAUUGUUCAUCCUUCCUGGUUCAUAAGGACUAUCCUAGCCAUCACCAGACCCUUUAUCAGCUCCAAGUUCAGCAGUAAGAUUAAGUAUGUGAACAGUUUAGGAGAGCUGGAAGAGCUCAUCCCUAUGGAAUACGUCCAUAUUCCUGAAUGCAUCAUCAAAACAUGUGAAGAUGGUAGGGUGGGCUGUAGGGAAGAGGAUCGAAAAGCUGCACAGAGGAUACAAAAAAAGAAAGUGGCGUUUGAAGGACUCGAUGAGGAGUUACAGCAAGCGGGAGAGAACUCAAAAAUCAACAGCUUUCUCCAGGGACCUGAUGUGCCAGUACCUACAGCUCAACCCAGUGCAAGCAGCUCCUAAGCCAAGGAUGUAAAGGCGGAAAGCAUGGCCAGUGUGUGUGUGUGUAUAUACAACAAGAGAUAAUGUGAAUAUUUGAAAGACUCAAAAUUCCACUGCCCAAACACACUUCCUCACACACUUCAGCUCAUUAGAAAGUCCUGCGGUUCACUCGAAUUGGUUACCAGUUACAGCCGAGCUUCAUCUUUCAGACACAUUAUACAUUUCAGGAAUCAUUUUUGUCUUUUUAUAUCUUUUCGCAAUACGCCAUCCUUUUCUUUCCUUUUAGAUAAACAUGAGCAGCAAUAAUAUUAUGGUGGACAUCUCACUCCAGACAGUCAGAACAUCAUCAUGUAGCAUUCACAGAAUAAGGACUACACCUCAAUCUUUUCCUCACUCUAAUCUAAAAUAAAGUUCUACUGUAUAUUCAAAAUAUGUUUUAGUAUAAAUGCUUAAGUAGUCCUUUAACUCUUUAUAGAAAUUGAUGUAAUUUACUGCAAAAAAAAAAAAAAAGAAAAGGUUCAUCAGCCAAGUGCAAACCAGCAAACUUUUAUUUCUAACCUCAAGGGUGGACAAAUCAGACCAUGUACCACGUUAAUUCUAGUGACCUGAUUAUCCAGGAAUCGGACUGGUUCGGAUAGAGAAAAAAAAAAUUUGCUAAAACAUAUCGAAAGUUAGUUAGCUGGAACAUACAGUAUAAUGUGAUGCACGUGAACACAUGCCCAUUCGCAAUGCAAACUCGAGCUCUAUUCUGAGCAUUGCUGGAAGGGGUCCUAUAGUCAGGCUACAGUUGGUAAGCUGGUAAGUUCAUGUUAAAUAGAAAAAAAAGGAAAAAAAAGAUUAGACAGUUCUUCUAAAGUCGAGUUCUGAUAUAGCUACUAUCAAGAUACAAUGGAGACGACUUUCUGACAUUUUAUUAAAGAUGUCCGUAGCUAAGAUCCUGUAAAUACCUAUGGUAUCUGGGCAUACUUACUUGAUUCAGGAAAUGUUACAGUACAGUAUGUCCAUAUUUGUUAUACUAAGCCAAGUUUCUAUGAUAGACCCAUAUAUACCCAAAGGCUGACAAGAAAUUGCAAGUUCUGGCGAAGAAACCAUCAACAGAAAACAACCUGAUGUCCAUAGUGGAAAUUUCGCAAGUAGCUACAGUAUGUUACACAGCCAUAUGUUCUCGAUUCAGGAAGUGUUACUAAAAAUAUUUUCUAUACUCUGUCACCUUCUUGAAUAGUGAGCUUUAUAACCACCAACGGAACAUAACAACGCACAAUGAGUAUAGAGUAGACGUAAAACAGGAAAGAUUUGGAUCGUUGUUGUUAUGAACGUUUGCAUACAGUACAUAUGUUUAUUUUGGGAUUAAAAGGGUGAUAAAGGCAUGUAUGAUUAUUAUUCUCAUCAUCAAUAGCGCUUUAUCCUGUAUACAGGGGGAUACGCUAUACCUGGAGCGUAUCACAGGAGACUUAGGGCAUGAGGCGGGGAACACCCUGGACAGGGUGCCAAUCUAUCGCUGGGCACACACACAUACACACACUCACACACUUCAGGCAAUUUGGGAACGCCAACCAGCCCAAUCUGCAUGUCUUUGGACUGUCGGAGGAAACAUGGAGGAAACCCACCAAGCACAGGGAGAACAUGCAAACCCCAUGCACACAGACCCUGAGGCGGGAAUUGAACCCAGACCCUGGAAGUGCAAGGUGACACAGUAAGCCACCGUGCUGCGAGCUUUAAAACACAAAUGAAAACUUUUUUUCCUUAAAACAAAGAAAGAGUUAGGAAGGAAUUUGUUUGCUUUUGUUUCGCUGAUGUGCCGAUCUUGUCUAACGAAGAACAUUGAAUGAAAAAUGAAUAACCUGUUUAUGAACUGUGCACAUUUUUACUGAUUUGUCCACCCCUGUCCAUCUUUAGCCUGUAGUGUUAAAAGAAAAAAGCAGGCAAAACUCAAAAGUGAGCUUCGAAAAACCUCAAUGUCUGUGUGUGUUUGGUCGCAGUGUUUGCCACGUGGAAUAUAUACAGCAAUCAAAUUAGCUGAGACAGCAUGCAGAUUCAGAUCCUUAACACGUCUAUCGAUGUAGCUCCUGCGUGUACAUACUGUAUGAACACCUCGUAUACGUGAGUGUGUGAGAUCUUUGUAGGUGUGAUUGUGUUUCGGUUAUGCGUUCGGGUGUCCUUCGGUCUCUCAGGUUGCUGUAAGCAGGAAAUGACCUCACGGGUGGACGAGAGAAAAUACAACUGCAAAGCACAAUAUCCACAUCCUUCUGGUGUGUCUAUGGGUGUGUGUGUGUGUGUGUGCCGGUGUGGGCGAGUCACUGCAUGUCUCGUAGUUGUUAAUAUAUUAAAAUUGUGGAUCAUAUGAAAUAAAGAUGAAAAAAUAUAUAAAUUAUUGGAUUGACCCAGAGGCCUUGUAAAAUAAUGCAGAGUAUAUCAAU